AUGCGGUUGCUCCCGGAAUGGCUUCUCUUGCUCUUUGGCCCGUGGCUCCUGAGGAAGGCCGUCAGUGCUCAGAUACCGGAGUCCAGGAGGCCGCAGUACCUGGAGCUGCGCCCGGCCACGGCCGGAGGUGGUGCCCCUGGCCAUCACCUCCCGGCAGCGGCAACGCCAAAGUCCUCCAACGGCCUGGGCACCGCGCGUGCCUGGAGCUGGGCCUGGCCGGCUAACCACACAGGGACACUGGCCCGGGCUGGGGCGGCGGGAGCGCCAGCGCAGCGCACGAAGAGAAAGCCGUCCAUCAAAGCCGCCCGCGCCAAAAAGAUCUUUGGCUGGGGGGACUUUUACUUCCGGGUGCAUACUCUCAAGUUCUCGCUGCUGGUGACCGGUAAGAUCGUGGACCAUGUGAACGGUACCUUCAGCGUCUACUUCCGCCACAACUCGUCCAGCCUGGGCAACCUCAGUGUCAGUAUCGUGCCGCCCUCCAAGCGUGUAGAGUUUGGGGGCGUCUGGCUGCCCGGGCCCGUCCCCCACCCGCUGCAGUCUACGCUGGCCCUGGAGGGGGUGCUCCCUGGGCUGGGGCCCCCGCUGGGGAUAGCGGCGGCGGGGCCGGGGCUCGGGGGCACCCUCGGCGGUGCCCUGGCGGGUCCGCUCGGGGGCGCGCUGGGAGUGCCUGGGGCCAAAGAGUCACGCGCUUUCAAUUGCCACGUGGAGUACGAGAAGACGAACCGCGCGCGCAAGCACCGCCCGUGCCUGUACGACCCGUCGCAGGUGUGCUUCACCGAGCAUACGCAGAGCCAGGCCGCCUGGCUGUGUGCCAAGCCCUUCAAAGUCAUCUGCAUUUUUGUCUCCUUCCUCAGCUUUGACUACAAACUGGUGCAGAAGGUGUGCCCAGACUAUAACUUCCAGAGCGAGCACCCCUACUUUGGAUAG